GUCAAGGAAGAGAGGAGCUAUACCUCCUCUCACCCCAAGCGCCUACAUGGCGUAUAGUGGGACAAACUUUACUUUACUUAUUGACUAUUAUUACUGGCAUAUCUCUCGCUAUGGCUCCGCUAUCUCUCUGUUGCCUGCUCACUAAUUGAUUUCCUCUUGAUGUUCACAACUCGAGCACCGAGAAAUCACCACAAUGUGAAAGGAUUCAGAGGCGAAGAAGACGAUGUUUACACUCUGUUUGUGAAUUGUAGAUAACAGACAGGAAAGCAAGAUUUUUUCUACAUUUCUUUCCUAGAAUUCUAAGAGUAAAUAUGGAGUUGUUGCCGGCUUCUUGUGAAAGUAACUGAUAACUGCAGUUUGUGUUUGGCUGUACAAUGUUGCGGGCGUUGUGUAUGGUUGUCUCAUGUGAAAAUCUUAGGAGAACAGGACGUCUGGAAAUGAUAAUAUUCGUUGCGGCCAGAAUCAUGACCUGAACAUUACCAUGGACUCCAGAAAUCUACUGUCGUUUCUUGCCGCAUUUUUGGUCCAGCCCUUCUUGAUGUACUCAGCAUCACACCUAUAUAUAAGAUGUCCUUCCAUUUGCGCAUGUCCAUCCAACUUUAAGAUGUUGUGCAAGAACUCCUCAUUAACUGAGACACCUGAGGUUCCCAACACUGUCAUUACACUGGAUCUAUCCUACAACUCCAUCUCUGAUCUGACAAACACAUCAUUCUCCAACAAAGGAACGAAUCAACUGACUUCCUUAUAUAUUUAUAACAACAAAAUACGCAAUAUAGAACGCGAAGCUUUCGUAAGCUUGAAGAAUUUGAAGAGCCUCUUCAUGGGCAAUAACAAACUCACAUAUAUUCACCCAGACGCAUUUAUAUCCAUCAAGAAUCUUGAAGAACUGGAUCUUCAUGGAAAUAAUAUUAAUCUGGGAGAUGAAGGACCAUUUCGUCAUCUCGUCAACCUUUUUUCAUUAAAUAUUGCAAAUUGUAAUCUUGGCAUAAUACCGAAUGCAACAUUCCAGAGAACAGUGAAACUCAGUAGGAUAGAUAUGUCUAACAACAAACUUACACACAUCGACGACCAUCUUUUUGAUAACUUAUAUUCACUUCAAUUUCUAAAUCUUACAGGAAACUUACUGACAUCGGUAGACUUUUUACUAGUUCUGUCAACAGAAACUCUUCAAGAAAUGAGUUUAUAUGUACAUGACAAUAAGAUUGAAAACCUCAAUAGUACUGUUCUUGAACGAAUGAAUGUUCUGAAGAACAUAAAGCCUUUAUUUUGCAGAUGCUGGGAUAGAAACUUAUUACUUAAUGUCUUACGACAAUGUUCUGAACAUACGAACUAUACGCACGAUUGCUUAAACAAGACAGCUGAUAUAUCCGCGACGGAAGCCAUUACAAUGGAAGUUUCCGCUGGUGGAGAAUUAUUUUAUGAUAAUGAAAACGAAGCAACUAUCAUCCCACAGGAUAUCAGUGGUUUGAACAUCGCCAAAAAAGAUUUUAAUGAUUCCACUGAUGAUAAAAUUCUGCAGAACUCAUCCGAAAAUCUUUCUGAAACCGAUGUAAUUAUCAUAACUGUAACCAUGUCAAUUACAUUGGUAAUAUUGGUAGCAGUGAUGGUAAUGUGUUUCUUAAUGAGGAUCUUGAAAGAAAGGACGUCUGUGUCCGAUGAAUACGAUUCAGUACCACAUGAAAAUAACGACCAACAUGUAAGACAAUGCGACGUUUGUCAAAUUUACCAGAACUACACACCCAAUUGUGAACACAGGCUCUCGAGACAAAAUAUGAAGACAUCUCAGAAGAAUAAACUUAAAUUCGCUAUUCAGCAGCAUCACGUGGCUGUGUUGGAGGCAUUCGAGAUGCUUACUCAAGAAGGGAAUGAGGAGAGCUGUCUGUACGUUCAAAUGAAUGAAGAGAAAUUGCGAGAUAUCACAAACUCCCACAGUGAAUGUGCACAGAUGAAUUCGGCACCAAAUACAAUCCCUUGCGACAAAGAAACAGCCGGCCUGAAACAUUCUUCCUGUACUCCAGAAAAUCACGAAGACACAGUUCUGAUGUGCGUGGGGAAAACGUCCGGGUAUGACAGAGAAAUCACGACGUUUCGAGAACCUUCUCAGAGUCAGCAUUCCUGUAGUCGAGCCGUUUCCUACGUGCCGCGUCCAUCGGACGGCGUCCACUUGUCUGGAAAGAACCGACAUUCGUGUCUGCAGUAUUUCAACUCUCCAUCCUGGUCUCCGACGUCUGAAUCACACCCAGUUCCAAAACGUGUGGAAUCUCUUAUGGACAAGCGAUGGAGAAGAACUCUUUCUUCAUCUCCACGGCAGAUGCAACCUCGGAGCGCCUAUGGCAUCGUUAUCUCACGAAGUCCCCCAGUGUCUCACAGUCUCAACACUGAGCAUCUUUAUGAAGAACUGAAGUAAUUAUUGCUGUUUUGUUAUCUAUUUUAUGAGAGGUGAGUUAAGGAAUAAUCGAAAACAGUUUAGUGUCGUAGGGGGUGUGAAAGUUUAGACUUAUCUGCACCCUCAUCUCCCAACAGGUGAGGAUUAAAUGACAGAAUAGUGAGCACAAAUAUAAAAGCACGGAUGAUCUAACAUUCUACCAUCAUCAUCCAACAUGCACAUUGCACGCUAAUAUUUCUGUGAUAAUUAGCCGUCUCCAACUCACCACUUGCCUCAUUAACAUGUAAGAGGCUCGUAGGAAGAUUACAAUAACGGUGGCAGACAGAAUUCAGAAUAAGGGAUUAGCGUCUCUGACGUUGUAACGUAUUAAAAAUCUCUAAUUGUUUAAUUUUAA